UAUUGCGUUCUGAACACCCAAACCGCAUUUUGUGAGGUCACCACACCUUUAAGCUUUGACAUUUGGCCCACAAAGUCUAAUCAGUUCAUGCUUAAUCCACAUGUAUGCUCCUAAUCUGGUACUGUCCGUUACAAACUAGGGAGUAGUUUAUCUUUGAACACACACCUGCUUCUUCCGGCAGUUAGACAGUCAGGAUGGCACCCAGAAUUGUUUACACACACACAUCCUGACCAUGCCUCCUUCUUUCUUUUUUUCUAUAAAGUUCAUGUACACUCUUUGUUUGAUAUCAGUCAGCAAUUGCACUCCGUGUGACCGUACACUGAUCCUUUGCAAAGUUCUUAUUAAAAUAUACAAAGGCAACUUGAUCAUUUUGUCAACUGUUCAUUUUCAGAUUUCCAUCACAAACUCGACUGGGGGUGUCUGGGCUCGGCGUCAAAGGGAACUUGCGAUCCUAAAGCUAUAUCUUCAGCCUCAACCUCCCCACAAAAAGAUGAGUGAGACAGAGGACCCAAGAACCGAGGCUGGACUCACUCAGCGCUGCGAUUAAAGAUCCUAACUGUGUGUCAUAAUGCAGGAUUCUGACCUCAACUGUGCUCUGCCAAGAAGAUGCCAUAACCCACCACAACAACAUGAUGAACCUGCAGGCCAAAUCCAAGCUAAUCAAACGGCUGAUCCACAGCCGAAGGCACCACCGCCAUAUUACCCUGGCCUUCCCCCAUCUCCUGUUCCCCUCAUCUAUCCUGAUACAUCUAGUUUACGCCAACUCUUUGAUGGGGUAACAGCAACAAAAGGUCAACAGCAUGACUCUGCUUCCCCUUCUCAUACCAGGUCUGGUCUGGUGUUCAAAAGGUCUCUAAAUCCAUUCAACCCCACAUCACCAGUGAGACCUGAUGUAAAGGGAAACCUACACCAGGUCCUGAAUUACCCCAUGGUGGAGUUAGCAGGUGCUGAUGGACAUCCAAUGCUAGUCCACAGACCAUGGACUAUGGAGGACAUUAAACAGGCAAUGACUCUCCUCCCAUCACCAUCAGAUGGAGGUGGUGUGAAAUUUGCCCCCAAAGUAUCAGCAGGAUAUCCAGAGAAUGAGGUGAGACUGGAUAGCCCCGACUGGGCUCAUAAUGACAACGCAGUCUACAGAGGACACAUCACAGAUCUCUGUGAGUGCAUCGAAACAGCAUUCCCUGUGAGAAUGGACAUGUGCAAUAUCUCCUCAUGUAAACAAGACGAUGAGAGUGUUCACAACUAUCUCACUUGUCUGACAGAAGUCCACAACACAAACAGUGGGCUGACACCUCCAGCUAACCCAAAUGAUAAUGUUGUUACAGCAUGGCAAGAUCAUCUGAGAAACGGCUUCCUGAAUGAACGGAAGCCAGAGAUUUCCAGCAUGGUGAAAUGUACUUGCAUCACUUGGGACUCAGGCAAGUUCAACCUCAUCAGAGCACACACUGUGCAUGCUGAAAAAUUUUUCAAAGAGGGCCAGAAGAGGAAAGGAGAAAAAAGAGAGAAAGAUCUGUAAAUGGCUACAUUGACUUUGUUCCAAGCACAUGCCAGAGGGCGCGGACAUGGCCUUGGCGGAGGCAGAUUCAAAGGUGGUCGUGGGGGCUGAAACACAACUGAUCCAGAUGUUUGUUUUUCCACUGUGGCGAAAGAGGACAUUGGGCCAAAAACUGUCCACAGAAAAAUCCAACGCACAAGGCUGAUUGACUCGGUGCGGCAGCUCAGGAGGGGAAGGAAUCAGCACCUUUAACUUUGACCACACUGACCCACGAUGAGAGACAUGCUGCCGCAUGUGUAUGAAUGGAAGCUCUGCACGUCAGCUGUGACCUCGGUAAUCCUGUUCUGGUUGAAAAGCACACACUCAACACCGACGCAGACUACAUGAAACCACAAGACCUACACUGCACUGCACACACACGAAAGGAGAGAUGCAGACUUUGAGAAACAAUGGUUCAGAAAAGUUUGUAUGAGAGAAAAGCUAACGUUAAGUUGCAUGUUUUAGAAUAAACACAGAUGUGCUGUUUCAGUAACUUUACCCGAACGAACAAAACCAAAGCCAAGUGAUGAAUUUUCACCAUAUUUCUCUUUCAGUGAUUCAGAUUCUGAUUCUCUGUUUGACGUUCCUGUUUCAUACCCACACGUGUCACUUGCCAAACACAGAAAGGAAAUAUGGAAAGAUUUGGGUUCGUGGGCGAGAAAAUGUGUCAAUGCAGAAAUAUGGGAUUCAACAUCUGAUCCUUAUGUUCAAUAUAAUCCUGUAUUAAAGGUUUAUCAACAGAAAUACACCUUUGUUGUCCACACACUCAGAUCUGUUCAACUGGUACAAGACACACAACACA